AUGGUAGAAAGGCUGUUCACCAGAGACUUGGACCUCUUGGAUGAUACAAGCACGAGCAACCGUAAGUGUAAUGUUACAAAUUUAAUUAAUGAAAGGGACUCGUUCUCCGAUGACUUGCCGAGAUCGGUAGAGUAUGAUUUGCUGCCAACUAUAAACGAAAAUUUAGAGGGAUUCCAGUCUACGGCAAGAGAUGAAGCGAUACUGCGGACGAGGUUCAGAACACGUAGAAAUUCGCAUCCAAUCAGCUUUUGCGAGGGCCUGACAAGGACUUUCAAGCUUUCUGGAGGUGGAUUAAAAUGUAAACAAAGCCAGACAAAGUGUCGAAAAUGCGACUCAAGAGAUCCUAUGCUCAGCUUUAAAAUACUUCCCAAAGAAGAUAAUAUCGUUUUCGACAAGCAUAAACUUGAUAAGAUCGAGGAAGGGGAUUCAAUGACGGAACCAAAUGAGCAAAAUGAUGCAGAUUGCGAAGAAGAAUCAUGUGAGAGACACAUUAUUGAUAUGCCGAAGUACUCGAAGAAUAUGGGCCUGACAGGCAGAAGAAGCAGUUAUCCGAACGACUCGACAGCGUUCCAGCAAGGAAAUACGUUAGCACAGGGCAUCAGGCAUUUUACACAAUGUCAAGAGGAUAUAGUGUCCAAAUGGAUAAAAUUCUUUUGA